AAUAAAUGGGAGCCAAUAUUCAGAAACAAUUUGAUAUGACAGUUGUCAAACCAUCUACAUAUCAUUCUUCAGCUACAAUGUUUUCAAAGUUUAGUUUAAUGUGAGAGAUUCUACCGUUUUUAGGAUUUUAUCCUCAAUGGGAAGCUCUCCUUUUAAGCUUAAACAACUCAUCCCGACAAUUAUUUGAUAAAAACAAGGAAGCUUUUAAAGAACUGAACUCUAAAUGUUUAAAAGAUCUUGGCACAUAUGAAGAAAUGUUUGAACUGUGCCAAAUCCUUCGAAGUUCUGGGUUAGAUAAUAAAGUUACCAUACCAGACUUAAUAAACUAUGAGAUACAGCUUAAAUGAGUCUCAAAGGCUGAAAUUGUUGAAGACUUCUUAACAAAAGUAACAAAUUCAAAUAUCUGUACCUUCCCGAGGAUGAAGAAAUUCUGGGUUAGCCCAGUGAAGGCAAUGUCUAUUAAAAGUAGAGAAGGACUUAAGCACAUAUUUGAUAACAUAUCAUUUAAAGGUUUAAAUUCAUUGUAUCUCCAAGCCAAUGAUUUAGCAAUUAGUAGUUUCAUGCCAAGUCUGAAAAAGACUCUACUCUCUGUUAGGUCUCAAGUCUACUUAAAAGGAUUUAUGAUAUCAAAAGAUCAGUUUCGGGAUAUAAUUGAAGGAAGCUCACAUUCAUCUCAGCUGAUCUUAUGCUUCUGAGUUAUUGGCUCUUUAGGAUCUGAUUUCAUCCUUAAUUCAGAAAUUGAAUACAAAAUAGAUAAAUUAAGCUUAUAUGGAACUUGCAUUAUUUUGAACCCAAAUACUCUAAAUGAACCAAAGCUGAAGCUUUUGAUAGAUGGCAUGAACAAAACAUCUUUAACACAGAGCCUAAAAUCUGUAGAGGUCUAUGACAAGUGGUAUCCUGCUCGCAAAGUUCAAAAAUUAUUUGAUGAAAAGUGCUUCGAAGUUGAAGUAUCCGGCAAAAAAGAAGAACCGACUGGGAUCAAUUAACAU